GGGCUCCUAUCGUACUGAGCGUGGCUCUGUUCUGCCAGGUGCUGCAGGGACCCCAGCUGAGAUCUGGGCCUUGUUCUGCCAGGCACUGAAGAGACCCCAGGAUCCGGUGACUUUCGAGGAGGUGGCUGUGUAUUUCACUAGGGAGGAAUGGGCUGUUCUCGACCCUGUUCAGAGAGCCCUCUACAGGGAUGUCAUGCAGGAGAACUAUGAGACGGUGACCUCACUGGUAGGGUUUCCAGUUUCCAAACCUGAUGUGAUCUCCCAGGUGGAACGAGGGGAAGAGCCGUGGGUCCCAGACCUCCAUAGCUCUGAGAAAGAAGUUCUUCCAAGAGCUGCCUGCACAGGUGAUGGGAUGGUGAGUCAGAAUGAGGAGGAGAAACCCCAUCAGGAAGAUGCUGAGCAAGGAGAACGAAAUGGAACUUUAUCAGGAAGAUCCAAAGGGAGUGUUUCCAGGAGUUGUGCACUCCCAGAAAAACCAAAAGCCUGUGAAACUCAGGGGAGGCCUGAGGGAAACUUUAGUAGCCUCUCAGACCUUAUAACAAGCGAGAGAAUCAACUUGGAAGAGACACGCUACACAUGCCACGAGUGUGGGAGAAACUUCAAUCGGAGCUCUACCCUGAACACACAUCGUAGAAUCUACCCAAGGGAGACGCCGUAGAAUCCACACAAAGGAGAUGCCCUACACAUGCUGUGAGUUCAGAAAAGCUUCAAUCAGCGCUCAAGGUUCAUUAGACAUCAGAAAAUGCACAUGAGAGAAUUGUAAUAAAUCCCUUGACUAGGGUUGGCCAAAACAAAUUUUUUUUUAAAAAUCACAUUUACUAAUUCCCACAUAGUGAUUUUUGCAUCAUCUUCACCGUGAUGUCUCAGCUCCACCAGAUAAGUUGCUGCCUUCUGCCUUUUGCAGCUCAUCCUUCUUUGAGGUCAGUCCUAUGAUCUUCUCUAUCAACUCCUUUCCUUUUGAGUCAUAGGAGUGUGUGUCCCUCCUGCCAGGAAUGUUCAUGAGUUCCAAGUUGGGGAGAGAGGUUUGAUCCCAGCAAGGUACACUGAGGCAAAAACUACCUGUGCCUUCAAUCCACUAGGACUGUACAUGGCAUUGGCUGCUCAAGUUAGUCAUCUUAAUGUAAUAAGUUGUAGUGCAGAUGCAGCCCAGGUGCAGUGGUUGGCAUUAGCUUCCCCCUUGACCUGACCUAAACUCCAUCACUUUUCCUAGUCUAAACUAACCCUGAGCAUCACGGUUAUCCUGUUCCCCCAUUUCAAAGCCAUUGUUAGUCAUCGAGUUCUCCCUUGGGGAACAAAUUGUUUAAUUCCCAGUUGUUCUGAUGUUGCUUCAGGUUGGGCUGGAGAGCAGAUAUUUUUAUUAUUAUUUUCCGCACUUAAAAUAUAUUGAACUAUAACAAGAUCAGGAACAGGGCAGGGAUAGGGGAAAAAGUCAUUUCAUCCUCUGUAACAACAGAUGUAGUUAGGGUAAGUCAGAGGGAAUCCCUUAUUCCCCAUCACUCUCCUCCUUCAAUCCGUGCUAGAACCUAAGAAUCCUUUUCCUUUCCCCAGUUGUGGGAUGGGAGACUUCCAAAAGUGCUCCCUGUGCUAUAGCACAUGGCUAAGCUCAGAGAAUAAAUCCCAAAUCUCCCCUAAGCUUUGCUUUUUGAAUUCUGUAUUUCUGAUUACUUCAAGCCUGAGCAUUUCUCUAGCACUGUUCCUACCACUGUUUCUGUAACAUAUUUUGUUUUUUAUGGGACAGGGUUGUUAUUCCUUUGCCUAACCCCAACCUGGAAGGCCAGGGUGUCUGUUUUCUCUGGCCCCUCCCCACAGACAAAUCUGACAGGGUUGAACCUGCCAGGAGCAAACAAAAGCCCCACCGGUCACACACACAAAGCAGAUAGACAUACACAAGACACAGAAGAAACUGAAAAAUCUCUGUGCCCCAGAUUAUUUGAGCUAUCAACAUUUCCACUUUCCCACAGCAUGUUAGUUCUGAAGGUUGUUUUAAUGUGUUUCUUUUCUUGGAACCAGAACUGGGGAAAGAGAACACUGGAGUCCGUGGAAUUACAGCAGGAAGGGAUAAGUCUCAUGAUUCGUCACUAACCGAAGGCUUUGUAAACAGAACGACAAUGUUACUGAGUGGUCUGGCUAACCCUGCAGUUAGAAACAAUCAGCUCUAUGGGUGGUAAAUUGACAAGCUCUGCUGCUGAUCAUGAAAUCGCAGCUGUUGAAAGGUAAUGUGCUUCUAUUUCAAUGCCUCUGGAAGUACAGAAAACAGUGAUCUGUGUUAAAGGAAAGUUGCCAUUUCUCAGAGCCCCAAUUUCUAUUGUGUGUGUACAGGAAGGUUUGAAUUUUUAGCAUGUAGUUUAGUAAAGCUUAGCUGUGUGUAAUAGGCUCCUGCCCACCUCCAGCAGAGAUUUCAGUCACAUACUAUGGCAACUUACUGAAUGUCAUGCAAAUUAGUCCAUUCCUCCCCAUAGUCAGUCUCUGACUGGAAUGUUAGAAUGAGGCAGAGAACUGAGAAAGUAUCGCAGUAGGAAUACAUUAAAAAGUGGGAUUAAUCAGAGCUGGGGUGCAGACCAAGCCUGUUCUACAGCUGGUGAAGUGACAGGGACACAGUCCCAAUAGUGCAGGCUCUGAAAUAACGGCAGAAGCAGAUCGAAGAGAAUGAGCUCAUGUGGGAGCUGUGGGCAGCUGCCCUGUCUGUGCAUCACUCACCUGGCAGGUGUUACACAAAACACAGCACUUCCCCUCUGGAAGAGAAACACUUCUCCCCGCUGCCACCACUUCAUUAUACUGUCCAUGAGGCUGUUUGUCCUGCAGGGCUUGAAUCUCUUUAGGUGGUCCAUUGUGAUUCAUAAAAGAGCAGGAGUCAUCCCAAUGAAAAUCUCUUCACUUCUUUCUCAGUGUUACCUUCUUAGCCCUGGCUUUGGAGAUGACAUUAGCCUUAUCCUGUCUUGAUUUUAGGUAGGAUUUUGAUCACCUUCUGGGGCUUGGCAGCUUAGAACUUUUGAGGGCUUUUCUCUGCCUUUUUGGUCCCCGCUGCAGUCAGUACAUGCUGGACAUGGGCAUGGUGACCUUCCUGAGGAUCUUGGCAGCUUUACCCAGCUUCUUGGGGUCUAUUUUCCUGCUCACAGCCACUGUCAUCUUCUUAUGCCUUGUCCUGGGGGCCCAGCUGCUGGUUGAAUGGGAAGGAGCCAAAGUGCUGGUGACUUGAGCCCGCACCAAGUUGCCUUUGCUCGUCAGACUCCUGAAGCCCAACUGGAUGUGGCUCUUGUUCUUCUGCACAGCACAGCCGUGGAGAAGAGGGAUCUGCAAAUGUACAUUCAUAUGAUCCCUUUGUUUAGUGGAUGAAAACAUAAACUCUACACUUAGAGGAUUGGAACUGAUUUCAGCUGAUGGUCAGGUUUUCUAGGGUUUUUCUGCAUUUGGACAGUGAAAUGUUGAGUGUUUACAUUCAUUUCAAGCAUCCCCAUAUAGUGGAGCUCCUGAACAUCAUGGAGAAUGGAAAUGAAAAUGUUUUCCCUUUUUUCAAAA